UUCUCUUCUCACACCAAUUAACACACACAAGCACACAUCAAAGCCUUGUUCUUGUUCUUGUUCUUUUGUUGGGCCUUUCUUUGAGAAUCAAGUUCAUUGUUUGAUCAGUGUUGGAAAUUGCAAUGGCUAAGCAUGAUGUUGAGGUGGCUGAGCGUGGUUCCUUCUCUGCCAAGGACUACCAUGACCCUCCUCCAGCACCCUUGAUUGAUGCUGAGGAGCUCACAAAGUGGUCCUUCUACAGGGCUCUGAUUGCUGAGUUCAUUGCCACACUGCUCUUCCUUUACAUCACUGUGCUCACUGUGAUUGGUUACAAGAGCCAGAGUGAUGUCAAGGCUGGGGGUGAUGUGUGUGGUGGUGUUGGCAUUCUUGGCAUUGCUUGGGCCUUUGGUGGCAUGAUAUUCAUCCUUGUUUACUGCACUGCUGGAAUCUCUGGGGGUCACAUAAACCCAGCAGUGACAUUUGGGCUGUUCUUGGCUCGUAAGGUGUCUUUGAUUAGAGCUAUAUUGUACAUGGUGGCUCAGUGCUUGGGGGCCAUAUGUGGAGUUGGGUUAGUUAAGGCCUUCCAAAAGGCUUACUACAACAGGUAUGGUGGUGGGGCCAAUGAGCUCAGUGCAGGGUACAGCACUGGUGUUGGAUUGGGUGCAGAGAUCGUUGGAACCUUCGUUUUGGUGUACACUGUGUUCUCUGCAACUGACCCCAAGAGGAGUGCUAGAGAUUCUCAUGUGCCGGUUUUGGCUCCACUUCCAAUUGGUUUUGCUGUGUUCAUGGUUCACUUGGCCACCAUCCCUGUCACUGGCACUGGUAUUAACCCUGCUAGGAGUCUUGGAGCAGCUGUCAUGUACAACCAACAGAAGGCCUGGGAUGACCAUUGGAUCUUUUGGGUUGGACCAUUUAUUGGAGCAGCCAUUGCAGCCUUCUACCACCAAUUCAUCUUGAGAGCAGGUGCUGCUAAGGCUCUUGGAUCAUUCAGGAGCAACCCCAGUACUCUUUGAGUCAAUUUCCUCUUCAGAAAAGAACAUAUAACGGGAAGCAAAAUGGGUUGAUAUCGCAAGAAAAUAGUAUAAUUAUGAUUAUGACAAGUACUUGUGCUUUUAUGUGAAGGUUCACUUUGAUCCAAUGUAGAUUGAAGGUUCUUUCAAGCCUUUGGUAAAUACCCUUUAAUUAGUAUCUUCAAGCACUUUCCCUUGUAUUGUGUGUGAUCUUUUCUUUUAGCUAAUUUAAUCUUUUGUACUCAACGUAUUCAUGGAAAAAAGAAUUAAAAAUUACAAUAUCCAUGCUUUUAACCAAAAUGUCA